AUGGCAGUAGGGGACAAGGAGGUGGGUGCUACUGGGUGGUGUAGAGGGCGUGAUGAUCGAGGUGGCAGUGCUGGACACGGUGCGAGGGCAUCCUCACAUCGUGCAGCUGGUGGAGACAAUAGUAGAGGACGAACAAGCGGGCACACGGGUCAGGAGCUCACACAUUCCUGCCCGUCCUCCCCGUCUCCCCAGGCCAUCUACCUCAUCCUCGACCAACGGUCUAGAUUCAAGGGUGUGGCGCUCUCAUAUCUCCCCUUUAUAAGCCCGUGCCCUUCCACCCGUGCCCUUCCUCCCGUGCCCUUCCACCCGUGCCCUUCCACCCGUGCCCUUCCACCCGUGCCCUUCCACCCGUGCCCUUCCACCCGUGCCCUUCCACCCGUGCCCUUCCACCCGUGCCCUUCCACUCGUGCCCUUCCACCCGUGCCCUUCCACCCGUGCCCUUCCACCCGUGCCCUUCCACCCGUGCCCUUCCACCCGUGCCCUUCCACCCGUGCCCUUCCACCCGUGCCCUUCCACCCGUGCCCUUCCACCCGUGCCCUUCCACCCGUGCCCUUCCACCCGUGCCCUUCCACUCGUGCCCUUCCACCCGUGCCCUUCCACCCGUGCCCUUCCACCCGUGCCCUUCCACCCGUGCCCUUCCACCCGUGCCCUUCCACCCGUGCCCUUCCGAGGCGCCUCCAAGGACGCCUGGUUGCUUGCUUGCAUGCUCUUCUUCCUUCCAACCCAACUCAGCCCAACCUAACCCAACGCCUCCUCCUUCCCUUCACAUCUCCAGGUGUUUCCUGCAGGGAGACAGUAGGUUCGGCGGCAGCCUUCAUAGCACCGGAGAUGCUGCAGCACUCCUACACCCACACGGUCGACGUCUGGUCCCUCAGCUGUGUGCUCUUUUUCCUUCUCGCGGUGGUCGUGCCCUUCCGAGGUGCCAUCCAAUGUCAAUCCCAACCAUGUGCAAGAUUCUCCCCAACCUCACUUCAAACACUGAGCUGA